AUGUCGAUCGACGAUAUCGAUCGUUUCAGCUCGUUGCCAAUUCGUGGCUCAACGAAACGAAAAUCGAAGUCGCGAGGCGAGUCGGACGACGACAUGAAGUCGGGCGAUGAGCGCGACGUUGACCGACGAUCGGCCAAUAACGCUCGUGAACGGGUUCGUGUGCGUGACAUCAAUACGGCAUUCAAAGAACUCGGAAAGAUGUGUGGACAGCAUUUGCCGAAUGCUAACGAGAAAGCCCAGACGAAACUUGGUAUCCUUCAUCAGGCCGUCUCCAUCAUCACCGCUCUCGAGGAACAGGUACGACAGCGCAAUCUCAACCCGAAAGCCGCGUGCCUCAAACGACGAUCUGAGGAUGAGAAAAUGACACCAAAUGCUCUAAUGGAACAGAAGCCGCAAGCACACGAUUAUCACGGCCAGUACUAG